UCCUUUUCCUCUCUUCAAACUUCACUUUAUUCCCUCCCUCCCACUCACACAUAAAAGAAGGGGAUCCUUUCUUCAAUUUCCUCUGCGUUCUCAUCCAUUUGGCUCCUCUUUUCAUUCAUCACACCAACUCCAUGAUCAUCAUAAUCAUCAUUCAUAGGAGACGAUAACCAAAACAACUAUUUUAUUUGCUUCAUUUCAUUCUUAUGGCUUCUUCUUCUUCUUCAGAGCUAAUUAGUUUGGAUUACAAGCUAAUCAGUAGCUACUCUAUUAACCAAAAUCAGAAUCCAAUUGCAGAUCACAUGCACAAGCUGCAAGAUUUUCUUGCUCGUCUUGAGGAGGAGAGUCUCAAGAUUGAAGCUUUCAAGCGUGAGCUCCCACUUUGCAUGCAGCUACUCAACAACGCCAUGGAGGCAUACAGGAAGCAAUUGGAGACAUACCAAGCAAGCCAAGAAGCUCAGCCAGUGCUCGAAGAAUUCAUCCCAUUGAAGAAGACGAGCGUCGAAGAAUCUGAGAUGGCGAACUGGAUGGUGUCGGCACAGCUAUGGAGCAGCCCGGCUGCUGAUGAGGCCGACUCUGCAAAGCAAGGGGAAGAGGAGCAUUCAUUGGUGACUUUCAGCUCUAAGCUGGUACUAGAUGCUAAACCAAGAAUUGGAGGAGCAUUUCAACCUUUCUCAAAGCAGAAGAAAAAGGAUAUUUCUGAACUUGCUUUGGCUCGUUCUAUUCAGAAGGAGAUGGAGGAGAAGGAGAGCUGUAGUAAGAGUAAUGAAGGUGAAGAGAAGCAGGGUAAGCGAGAAGGAAGUUGUAGUGUUUCCAGCGACGUUGUGGCACCGGCGGCUACUCAGAGGAAGGCGAGGAGAUGUUGGUCACCGGAGUUGCACCGGCGGUUUGUCAAUGCCCUGCAUAUAUUGGGUGGGUCUCAAGUUGCCACUCCAAAGCAAAUCAGAGAGCUAAUGAACGUUGAUGGGCUCACCAAUGAUGAGGUGAAAAGCCAUCUGCAGGUCCUCUCUCUCUCUCUCUCCAGCGAUGGCGCCGCAACUUGUAGUCCUAGGAGGCAUCUGGGUCCCACCAGGGUACGCCACGUCAGCAGCAGCAGCAGCUUCGGCCGUGGCAGCGGGGACCACACUCUAUGGCGCCAACCCCUCGCCGGCGCACUACUGCCCUCCGCCGCCGCUCUACCACCUCUCGCCGUUGCUAUCGGGCGGCGGCGGCCGAGCGGUUUCGGCCUUCAAGAAUCGGCGAGGUUCUUCGGAGUCGGAGAGCAUAGAGGAGGAGGUGGUGGAGAUGAUCAGCGGAGUGGAAGCGGAGGACGGCGACGUAGUGGAGAAAUUCUGAGGGAGUGGGGGUCUCUUUAG